UCCAAACUCAUUAAUUAGUAAAUGCACUGCUUCUAAUCAUUCCUUUUCUUCUACAAACAACUCUCGUACUCUUUCUCUACACAAACCACGUUCUAUCACCAAACCCAUCAACGUACCCUUGACAACGACUCUGAUCCCUCGCAACCUACCAGACACCAUGUCUCGAAGAGCUUUACUCAACGUCCCUCGCGCAAUCAGCGCCUCGGUCCAAUCCUCCGUCCGCCCAACUUUGGCUUCCCGCGCACCUCUCCUCAGACCGGCCGCCACGCAACCCACACAGAGAAGAUCAUACCAUGAAAAGGUGUUGGACCACUACUCGAAUCCACGAAAUGUCGGAUCGAUGGACAAGAACGCCGGCGAUGUUGGUACCGGUCUCGUCGGAGCCCCGGCUUGCGGUGAUGUGAUGAAACUUCAGAUCAAGGUCGACCCUGACACCCAGAAAAUCUCCGACGUCAAGUUCAAGACCUUCGGCUGCGGUUCGGCCAUUGCGUCCUCGUCGUAUCUGACCGAGCUCGUUCGGGGCAUGACACUGGAACAAGCAGGCAAGAUCAGAAACACCGAGAUCGCAAAGGAAUUAUGUCUGCCGCCGGUCAAGCUGCAUUGUUCCAUGUUGGCAGAGGAUGCCAUCAAGUCGGCCAUCAGCAACUACUAUACCAAGAACCCAAAUGCACGAGCGACCGACCUCGGUAGUGCCUCGGCAAGCAUGCCCAAGAUUGAGAUUGAAAGGGUCACCGCGACCACAGAUACCGGGGCCAGCGCUACUGCAUAGAUUGUCAAAACGUAACCUGCGGCCAAGGAAUAAAAGACCAAAACAAAAAUUGAACCUCUCACCAAUACCCUUGGUCAUUUUGGUUGGAAAGGCGUUUUACUACGUUUAGGGGUGGUGUUGUACGAUUUUUUUGUUCCUUCAGUCACUUAUUUCAAAGUCGAAUCAUUCCACUCUUUUUUUGCUUGGGGUCUCGUCUACCACCGACAGACUUUUUCUCAUGCAAAAACCAAAAAUGACACAUCGUGGCGAUUAGUGGAGGGAGAAAGGAAGGGGGAUUGGUGAUGCGCCGUGAGAAAAUGAGAAGGAGGGAUUUCGGUGAUCCACAUCUUCAUGAAUUCUCGGUUUCCUGCUGGAAGGGAAGAGACAGUAAGAAAGCACCUUCGUGGUUCGACCAUGACCACGGCGCUGUCAUCUCCCUCCACCGGGGGGUCACUGGGAUUCGCGUCGAGUCCGUUUUGUUUUAAGAGCGGACAGUGUGGUCUCAAUUCCUCAGUGAGCUAUAGUUUUGACUACCAUGUGUAUGUAUCUAGUACCUACCUACGUACGGAGUACGAGUUUCAAUCAUUACAUACUUUUGUUGCUCCGUGUGUAUAUAUAUGCAUUCAUGGUGCAAUCGUCAAC